ACUGUAGAAAGCUCCUCGCCUCGGGCUAUAUAGGCUGGUCCUCAGACCUCUCGGCACCGCGAGCAGAGAGAGCGGCUCCAUCUCUAAAGGGGCAAAAGUAGACCAGUUUGUCCACAGCGAAGUGAUGGAUGUCGGAGCCAGGGACGGCGAGGGACCGCUGCAGCGCAUCAUCUGAUCGCCAGUCAAGGGAGGGGCAUUCACUCCGAACCUAAUCCCAGAUGCAACAUCCAGCCUUUCAGCAAAAUCCACAUCUCUACGGACCGUUGUGAUAUGAAGUAGAUAUCACGCGCAUAAGAGCGAGGGGAGGAGGGGGGCAGGCACAGGCUGGACCGCAGCUGCCCCGCUUUCGCAAAGUUCUCCAUACAGAAGAGAGAGCGCGGAGGCCGGUUGAGUGAGAGGGACGUUUUCCUUGAGGCUGCCAGUGUUUGGGGCAACACAGCGCAGAGAGAGAGAGAGAAGCCCCUCUCCAGCUCUCCUCUCCGUCACUUUCGAGCUCUUUUCAGACCGCAUAAUGGCGAAAAUGAGGGUGUCAUACGAGUACUCGGAGGCGGAGGAUAAGAGUAUCCGACUAGGACUGUUCCUCAUCGUCUGUGGCAUCCUGUCCCUCUUUAUCCUCGGGUUCUGCUGGCUCAGUCCAACUCUACAGAGCAUGCAGAGCAAACCGGCCAACUGCACGGUGGUGUCCGUGCUCAGACCGGAGGAGAUGUUCGAGUGCGUGUUCACGUGCGGGGCGGACUGCAAGGGGACCUCGCUGUAUCCGUGUCUGCAGAUAUUCGUCAAUAAUUCCGAGUCGAACUCCGUGGCUCUGCUGCACUUUGAUGAACAGCAACUGGUGCUGAACCCAAAGUGCUCGUACGUUCCUCCAUGUGAGAGGGACAACCAGAAGAACAAGGACAACGUUCUGUGGUGGGAGGACUACUGGACUAAAGAGGUCAGCUCCCAAUCCUUCACCUGUUUCUUCAACCAGCAGAGAAGGCCUGACGACGUACUGUGGCGGCGCUCCCACGACGCCAGCGUCCUCCUCCACUGCGUCCUGUGGCCCAUGGUGAGCCUGCUGGUGGGUACCCUCAUCGUCCUUCUCACCGUGUGCGCCCGCAGCCUGGCCGUGCGCGCCGAGGCCAUCCAAAAGAGGAAGUGCUCGUACGAGCCGGCAGGCAACUCAGAGCAGGGCAAGACGCCGCCCAACACCAACACCGCCUCCUUCCGGACCCUGCCGAUGUUCGCUGUCCCUGUCCGACGCAGAGACCGGGAACAGGAACACUAGAUGGAUGGAUUGAUAGAUUGAUGAUGACUGUGGUCUCAGUGGUGGAUGUUGUGUGAUGAGGACCUCAUAGAAGCGGGGAAUGUUUGAACUUCCCUAUUAUGACUGUUCCGAACACUCUCAUUCCGCUGGACUGGACUCGAGGCUCAUGCACAAGAAAUGCUUGUCUGUCUUGUCUUGGUGUGUUUGUCUACUUGUGUAAGAGCCAUUUUGUCAGUUCAACUCUCAGCUGGUGAGGGCCUUUUCUAAUGCUCUGUGUAUUACAGUGCGAUGGUUAUGUCUAUGACUAAGCAAAAAUCCCAAAAGGACAAUGCCGCUUUCUGUCACGGGUCAUGUUUUGGACAGGUCUGUGUUACGUGUUGAGCCUCUGUGUCUCUGUGCUGAUUGUAAUGUUGUUUGUGUUUACUUCACUAGCCGAGCUCGGUCUCAAAGUUCAGAGUUCACUGACUUACAAACAGGAAAUGUCUGUUACGUUUGAACUCUCUUUAAAUAGACUCUUCAUUACAAACCCCUGGUCGUAUGAAAGGAGGGAUCGUGAGGGCUACCCGGCCAGGACCACCUGAGAAGAAUCUUCAACACCAGUUACACAAAAUGUCAGUGCUUUGUUCAGAGAGAAUGCGGUGAAAGGAAUUCUGGGAGAGUCCUUCUAAUCUCUGGGACGACAGAGCCAGAAGCAGACCUUGGUCUGAUCACCCCCUGCAUGAUGUACGGUCUUCUUCUCUAGGUGGUAUUAGGAAGUGUUUAAAUGCCUAUCUCACUGUUACUGUUCUUUAACACCCCAGGCCACGAUUUAAACAAAUCGCAACAAUGUGUAUAUUACUUUUAAAGGCAUAUUACGGUUUGUUUUUUUUUUUUUUUGUCCCCCUCUCUCUCCUCUCUGUACCACCUGCCUUUUACUAAACCUGUUUCUAACAAGGCUUCUUUAAGACAUCUGUCCAACUACAGCCAACCCAACUGCCAUGGAUGGAAUAUGUCUGUCCAACUACAGCCAACCCAACCGCCAUGGACGGUAUAUGUCUGUUGUUCAUUUUCAGUUGGUUGCCGCAGGACAUGUUUGAACCUAUUUGGUCCCGAUUCAAUAUGUAGACUUGGCCACGGCCAGUUGGUCUGGGUUCAAUAUGUAGACUGGGCCACGGACAGUUGGUCUGGGUUCAAUAUGUAGACUGGGCCACGGACAGUUGGUCUGGGUUCAAUAUGUAGACUGGGCCACGGACAGUUGGUCUGGGUUAAAUAUGUAGACUGGGCCAUGGACAGUUGGUCUGGGUUCAAUAUGUAGACUGGGCCAGGGACAGUUGGUCUGGGUUCAAUAUGUAGACUGGGCCACGGACAGUUGGUCUGGGUUAAAUAUGUAGACUGGGCCACAGACAGUUGGUCUGGGUUCAAUAUGUAGACUGGGCCACGGACAGUUGGUCUGGGUUCGGGACAAAACCUGGGAUAGGUAGUUUGUCUGUGGUUGGAUAGAUGUGCAGAUGCCUUGACUGUAGCAACUUCCUCUGCAGUCUGUCUUCUGCCUUACCUUCUGUCAGUUAGUGGUUUUAGUUUUUUUCACGAUGCAAAUUGAAUGUGUUUUCUUACCACAGUAGCAGACUUUUGCAUCGUUUUGAAUAGUUUGUCGUCCGUAUGAGUUACCGCUCUCCAAUUGGUUUGAAUAGUUUGUUGUCCGUAUGAGUUACCGCUCUCCGAUUGGUUUGAAUAGUUUGUAGUCCGUUUGAGUUACCGCUCUCCGAUUGGUUUGAAUAGUUUGUCGUCCGUAUGAGUUACCGCUCUCCGAUUGGUUUGAAUAGUUUGUCGUCCGUAUGAGUUACCGCUCUCCGAUUGGUUUGAAUAGUUUGUUGUCCGUAUGAGUUACCGCUUUCUGAUUGGUUUGAAUAGUUUGUCGUCCGUAUGAGUUACCGCUCUCCGAUUGGUUUGAAUAGUUUGUUGUCCGUAUGAGUUACCGCUUUCUGAUUGGUUUGAAUAGUUUGUCGUCCGUUUGUGUUACCGCUCUCCGAUUGGUUUGAAUAGUUUGUCGUCCGUAUGAGUUACCGCUCUCCGAUUGGUUUGAAUAGUUUGUCGUCCGUUUGUGUUACCGCUCUCCGAUUGGUUUGAAUAGUUUGUCGUCCGUUUGUGUUACCGCUCUCCGAUUGGUUUGAAUAGUUUGUCGUCCGUUUGUGUUACCGCUCUCCGAUUGGUUUGAAUAGUUUGUCGUCCGUUUGUGUUACCGCUCUCCGAUUGGUUUGAACAGCUAGUACAUCCAGUUAGUGUUUUCCAUCCGAUUGGAUAAGAGAAGAAUGUGAUCUGACUACAAAUCGUUACACCUACCUACCCUGCUCCAAGAAAAGGUUUGCUCUCGACUGCGUUAAUCGGACGUACAGGAGUAUUCACUUGUGCAUUUUCUACAACAGAAGUAGCUAAGACGUUGUUGUCCUUGGCUAAAAGAGGAAUGAUAUUUCAUACAUAAAGCCAUAUGCUGAACAUGUGAUUGCAGUAAGAGGCAGCUCCAGGGGAGGUUAUGUCCUCUUACAAUAGGAGCUGUAACAGUAGUACUAAACUAAUAUAUUUUGUGUUGGAAAGAGAAUGUUUUUUUAUAAAGCCAAUCCAUUUAAAACGCCUGCUGCAUAAUGAUGAGUAAUAGUGCCUGAUAGAUAUCUUUAAUAAAAAGAAUAAGAGUUAUUGUCUUAGUUAUUACUGCACCAUAUUCUUCUUCUUUCAUUAAUACAUCUUCUUCGGGAUCGGUGUCCCUUCCACGGGACGGUUGAGCUAACGUACUGUAGGCUAAUGCG